AUGGCCAUUCUGGUGUCCCUCGGCGCCCUCCCUGCUCCGUCCCAAGGGACAGCACAGGCAUGUGGAAAACUCGCCGUGGUCUCCCCCUAUGCGACCAGAGAGGCCUCGCCAUGGCUUCGAGCUGCCACCCGACCGAGUAUCACGCGACGCCCCCGCCGAAUCGAUCCUCGCCACGUGCCAGAGCUCAACAAUGCGAACGAGAACUUGGAGGACACCUGGAUUGAGGAGGAGGAGGAGCCGGAGGAAGAGGAAGGAGAAGAAGAAGAUGGCCCGCUCGAGUCGACGCCUCUCUUGCCCAUCUUCUCUGCAUCACAUCUGGAUGCUCUGCCUGUGUACGACAUCACUCUUGCCAUCCGUCCAUUGAUUGCCGCCCGCUGCGAAACCACGCUGUCAUGGGAGCAACUGCGCUCGCCCCAGGUCUCGCAGUUCCUGGUCAAGCCCAUUCAGCAGCAGAUCAUGGCCGAUCACUUUUCACGCGCUACCCUCUAUGCAUUGAUGGCCAACUGCCUGCAAUUCCAGAAGGAGAUUCACCUCCAUCCAGAAAACAGCGGAACCAGCCAGACUCGAGCAAUGGUAAGCGAGCUGCUUGCGAUCAAGUUGUUGAAGGACUACAGUACUCGCGAAUUGAUCGACGCCCUCUCCUACGAGUUUUAUCCCCUACAAGGCCAGGAUCCGCCUCCGGGGCUGCCGCAGGGUCCUCAGCGCAAGCGGUUGGCGGGAGCUGGCCGGGUUUCCUGUCUCGAGGUGGCCAUUCGUGCCCAGGCAAAACGAUUUCUAGCUCAUCCAGUGGUGGUGCAGCAAUUGGAGGCCAUUUGGGCCGGGACGAUUGUCUUUCAUUCGGCCGCUGAUAAUCUACAUCGUCGAGUAAAACGGGUUUCCACAGAAGGACACAACUAUGGAACAGCCGCUGACCACAAUGGUGACUCGACACCAGACUCUCGGACGGGGUCCUUCCGGCGCUCAGUGACUCUCUACAACCCACGAGAUGCGUCGCUGUUCAAGCUUUCGCGACUGAGAGUCCCGCGCUACCGGCAGUUCCUUUCCACUCUGUCCUUCGCCGUGCUUCUCGGACUGUUCCUAGCGGUGUUGCAACAGCACAGUGGGCAGAUCACGUCGCUGGAGAUUGUGUUUUGGCUUUGGAGUGCAGGGUUCAUGCUGGAUGAGAUUGUUGGUUUCAAUGAGCAGGGCUUUAGUCUCUACCUGAUGAGCUUUUGGAACUUGUUCGACCUGGGGAUUCUGCUACUUCUGUUCUGCUACUACUGCCUUCGGAUCUGCGGCGCUUUUCUGCCUGGCCCCGAUGGGAUGAGGCUUUCCGACCUAGCAUACGACGUUCUUGCAGCCUGUGCAGUUCUGUUGUUCCCUCGACUUUUCUCCAUCUUGGACCACUACCGCUAUUUCUCCCAGUUGCUGAUAGCCUUUCGCAUUAUGGCAUCUGAUCUGAUCGCCGUUUUUGUGCUGAUUAUUGUCGCAUGCAGCGGAUUUUUCUUCGCAUUUCUGUCCUUUGGGGACAAUCACUCUCCCAGUGAGAUCGCGUACGGCUUGUUCCAGAUGCUGAUGGGGUUUACGCCCACUGCGUGGUCCAUGUGGGAUGAGUACAACUUCUUGGGCAGGGCCAUCUUGACCAUCUUCCUCUUCAUCUGUCACUUCGUGGUAGUCACCAUCCUCAUCACCGUGCUUACGAACUCGUUCAUGAGGAUCGUUCAAAAUGCCAACCAGGAGCACCAGUUUCUCUUUGCCGUCAACACGAUCUCGAUGGUGAAAUCAGACGCGCUUUUCUCCUAUGUGGCUCCCGCGAAUAUCGUCGCCUGGCUUGUGACGCCGUUCCGAUAUCUGAUGCCUUUCCGUCAAUUUAUUCGGCUCAACAGAACUAUCAUCAAGAUCACACACUUGCCGAUUCUGUUUACUAUCUGCUUUUAUGAGAAAACCAUUCUCACCGCGCGGGCGGUUGAGCCAAUGGACCUGAUCGAGGCCACAUCACGCGCAGAAGCAGCCGGUCUCGCUCACAACUGGCAGCCUCGGCGAUUCCGCGCAUUUAGCACCAGGGCCCCGCGUCUAGUUCGUGAGCCAUCAGUGGCGACAUACCACAAGGACCAGGCGCUAGAAGAAGUGUUCCGGGAAAAUUUCGGAGGUAGUCAGGUCCGUCGUCGUCCGAGCACACUCCAUGGGAAUCGGAGCAGCAGUGUGAUCAAGGACUGGAUGCACGAAAUGGGCUCGGGGCCUGUUCAUCCUCCGGAUGAGCAGGACCCUUCAGAGGUGGACCGACUCGAGAUGUUCCCGCGACGAUUCAGGUUCCCACUCCGCCGAAACACAUUAACCAGGCCUCGAAAUUUCACCGAAACAACCCACUCAGUCGCCUCUAACCCUGAAGAAAGAAUCAGCCAUGCUGACAGCCCUGCGUUCCAGCCUCGGCGUCCCAGAGGGCUUCGAUCACCCACGAAGGCGAAGGCGCGGGAGCCUUCUCAGCACACCGACAUGGAAGGAGAUGAUGAACUCACCAGUGAGGAUGGGGAUUCGCAGGAUGAUCAGCACUCGACUAAGAAGGCCAUUGACGACGAUGCCGAGCCAGUUGAGAGCACUGUGAAAACCAGUCCGAAAUUUUACACCUCUCGUCCACCCACUUCCCGAUUGGCGUCUCGCCGGAAUAGCCCUAACCGGCGUCCCAGACACCAGCGAACUGUCUCUGGCGUCACCAUGCUCUACAAUCCUGUGGAGUCGGCGGACGAGAAGAGUGAUGGUGAGAUGACACAUUCACGACCCAACGCCGACUCAUCAGAUGACGAUCCAGUCCCCCUGGUUUCCACUUCUCUCGAUCGAGGCACCAUGAAGAGACGGCCAGGGGACGCAGGCCGAAUUGUCUCGCAAGGACUCAGCCCGAUCUCCGUCCCCAUUAUGGAACCUCUUUAUCUGCCCAAUCGUCCUGCCACAGCACGACCCCGACCAUCCCUCCUGUUCGACCUGGGAUCAGAUCUCGGCGACAACAAAGCAGUGGCUGGUGGCUUUGCCGGCAUUCUGCCCUCUAGCUUUAAUACGAAUCUUCCCCUUGCCACAGGAGGCCUGCGUCGCUCCGACAUGUUCAGCCAGCCACAAGAUAUGCUCAGCAAACUGGUCCUGGCUCGCAUGAACAACAUCGAAGAGGGAUUCCGUGAGGUCAUCAAAGAGGUCAAAGAUCUCCGCCGCGGCGGAUCUAGUCGCAGUCGGAGUCGAACGGAUGAAAUCCGGCCUGCCACCCGCGAGCGGAAGAAGCGCGGCGAGCGAAAGGAGCAGAAGAAACGCUCGCAGACGUCUCAGGACCUUCCAGCGGGCAAUGAUGGAGAUCCAUCCCGGGAACAAAAUGCGCCCGACAAUGCGACACGGCCGUCUUAA